GGAUAGCAAACCCACUCUCUAGUUGCUGCAGUCCCCUUUCGGUCUGCUGUAGUUGAGUAGCCUAACUACAAGGACAUUAGCGGACGCACGGAACGCAGCACAGUCGAACACGAGUGGAUUACAACGGCAUGGUUUUUUAUAGGGGCAGUCAGUCGAUCGUGUAACCAGAGGAAGAAAUCACAAAGAUUUAGACAUUGCCCAAAUUUAUUGAAACGUUACGCCAGGUAGCGGUAACUCAAUAGUGAAUCGUGCAAUAAAAAGGUCGGCGGGAAUGGCUUCAUCUCCUUGCGGCAGUGGGAACUUUGAUUCCGGACUGGAAAUCAAAACUCGGUCUGUGGAACAAACACUUGUCCCAUUGGUCUCGCAGAUCACCACACUGAUCAACCACAAAGACAAGACAAAGAAGUCAGAGCGGACCCAGCAGGCCAUCCAGAGAGUGGGCCAGGCCGUCAGCGUUGCUGUGGGCCGCUUUGUUGGUGUAGGCGAGGCCAUCGCCGUGGAGAACGAGGAGCUGAAGGAAGAGAUGGGCAUGGCUUGUUUCGAGGCGCGCAGAGCAGGGGAUGCCAUAGCCAAGCUGACAGAUGUUGGGAUGCCGGUGGCCCCCCUUAUGGACGGACGCAAGACGGUGUUCAGUAACAGGACAGGCAUGGUGAAGGCUGCCCGCAUGCUCCUCUCCUCCGUCACCAAAGUCCUGGUCCUCGCAGACCGUAUCGUCAUCAAACAGAUCAUCACCUCACGCAACAAAGUGCUAGUAACCCUGGAGCAGCUGGAGAGAGUGAGCACCUUCCAGGAGUUUGUCCAGAUCUUCAGCCAGUUUGGGAACCAGAUGGUGGAGUUCGCCCACCUGACCGGGGACAGACAGAAUGACCUGAAGGAUGAGAAUAAGAAGGCCAGGAUGGCAGCAGCCAGAGCAGUGCUGGAGAAAUGCACCAUGAUGCUGCUCACUGCGUCCAAGACGUGUCUCAGACACCCGGACUGCGAGUCGGCGCGUAUCAACAAAGAUGCUGUGUUCCACCGCAUGCGAUUCGCCCUGCAGCAGGUCAUGGAGAUCGUGACGGACGCCCGGCCCUGCGGGGAGACCAAGGUCCUGCCCCUCAGCAUUUACACCGGCAUCAAGGACUUCAAGUCCAACGUGGAAGGUCUGCAUGAGGGUCUGUACUCACUGCCCCAGCAAGCUCUGUCUGACCAGCUGGAGGCGGUGGUGGAGAGGACAGAGGACUUCACUGACUCGGCCUACACCAGCCACGAGCACCGAGAGGGCAUCCUGCAGCUCUGCCAGCUCGCCCGCCAGGACACUGACCAGCUCAUCGCAGCCUGGAGGGAGGCGCUGUCUCUCAAUGCCAAAGAGGCCACGGAGGAGAUGGAGCUGUCUAUACUGAAGACCUGCCAAAGUGUUCACGAACUCCGCAGAGAGCUCCAUAAGGUGGCGGUGGGGCGGGCGGCGGACCUGCUGAAGCUGCAUGCAGAACACCUGCCUCUGCGGGCCUUGAAGGCCUCAGGGGGCGAGGGAAACCUGGAGGCCGUGGCAGAGUACGCCCACACGCUCGGCGAGCAGAAGGAACAGCUGAUGGAGACGUGUCGUCUGCUGUGUCACGUCUCAGGGACAGAGCCUCUGGAGAUCACUUGUAUGCACGCUGAGGAGACCUUCCACGUCACUGUCCCCCAGAUCAUUUCUGCAGCCCAGACGCUGGCCCUGCACCCAUCCAGUAAGAUUGCCAAGGAGAACCUGGAUGUGUUCUGUGAGGCCUGGGAGUCCCAGCUCUGUGACAUGGGCGUGCUGCUCCGGGAGAUCAAUGACGUGUUCGAGGGCCGCCGAGGUGAUAAAAGGGCUUACUUGUCGCUUCCCAGACCAGGGAAACAUUCAGCCAACCUGAAGAUGGUGAAAGCUGUUAAGCUAGAUACAGAGGAGCAGAGCACCAUAGCCAAGCUGGGUCUAGAGCUGCGUCUGCUGACCUCCGACGUGGACACGGAGGUGGAGAAGUGGGAGGACCAGGAGCAGGAUAUCGUCCGCCAGGGCCAGAGCAUGUCCAGCAUGGCCUACUCCAUGUACCUCUUCACCAGGGGGGAGGGCCUACUGAAGACAACCAUGGAUCUCUUCCACCAGGCUGAGGUGCUUUCUGAGGAAGGACUCCAGCUGUGUUCUUCAGUACACACUUUGUCCACCCUGCUGAUGGAUGAAGAGAAGGUGGUAGUGCUUUCAGAGAUGGAGAAGCUUAUGGGCUUAUGUCAGCAGCUGCAGAUGGGGGUGAGGACGCCAGUACAGGGCAAGACUGCCACCUUCCAGAAGGUGGAUUCAUCCAUUCAGAACACUAGAGCCAUCAUGACUGUGGUAAUCUACCUCCUGCCAGUCUGUAAUAAACUUGUCAGAAAGUAUAAGUCAGAGAGAAGCAGUCUGGACUCUCCACAGAGCUGGAGGGACAGGCAGUCGUCCACACCCAUCAAAGACGGCGCGCUCAACGGCAAGAACAGCAACGGCUUCGGGGUCAAGUCUCUGGAGAAGCAUAUGGCCAACCUCACCUUCCUGGAGAGCAAGUAGUCCAGUCUAGUGACCUUUGACCCCUAACCUGUAUCACCUAUCACAGAGCUGGAGCAUACCAUUGUCAACCCCG